GAAGAUGAAACUGAUGAACUUGGUGCUGCAGAACGACAGCAUUAUAAUGCUGGCGCUGAAGUUUUACAAGCCGGACUGCUUGGAAGACGAAUUGCUGCAAUGUGCAGAGACUAUUACUCUUGCACUAUACAAAGACAAAGAACAGUCUUCUUCUCUCGGGACUUUCAGAUACAAUUUGUUAGCAAAGGCAAAAAAGGAAACGCCCCUAGAAUGUCUCCCACCAACAUCUCCUGCCUUGCUUCAGCAGUGUAAACGAGUCUACUAUCAAAUCCAGAUGUGGCUUCAACACAGAUUGGAUCCCUGCUUGUGGGGAUGGACAAGAGUAAUAUUCUCAUUCCGAUCAUGUCUGAAGCAGAUCCCGCACCAAAAGGACUGUUACAAGAGGUUUCCUGUGGAUGCCAAGGGCCCUGCAAAUCGAAGCGAUGCAACUGCCGAAAAGCCGGUCUAAGGUGCUUGCAAAGUAUGCCGCGGAAAAUCGUGCAACAACUCAAAAAAAUGGACUGCUACAGAACACUGUGACAGCGAAACUCCGACGACUUCAGAUGCAUGUGAGGAGGACGGUGGACAAACUACCGUAGAACCCGAUAAUGAUGACUUAACAGAAGAUGAUGAGACCUUAU